CGCGUGACGUCAUAAGCUCUGCGCCAGCGCCUUCUCCUAUGUCGGCUGGAUAAAGCCCGAGGUUUGUGAAGGGGGCACACAGCUGUGAACAUGGAGUUUAUUAAAGUGGAGGUUGUGGAUCUGACAGAUCUACAGUCAGUCAGAGUCAAAGAAGAAACCGAGGAACAACUAGACUUGAUGGAAGAGCAAAGUCAAGACCAGAAUGUCGCGGAGGAGGAUCCUCACAGUUUUACAGCUGGAGAAAAGGAUUCGAUACAAAAUACAGGAGCCAAGAAAUCCUUCUCCUGCCCGCAUUGCGGAAAGGGCUACAAACGUAAAGGAGACUUGAAGGAUCACAUGGCGAUUCACAGCGAGAGGCCGUACAUGUGUCUUCAGUGCGGGAAGAGCUACACGCAGAAAGUCAACCUUCAGAAUCACCUGCUCAUUCACAACGGAGAGAAGCCCUUCACCUGCUCGCAGUGCGACAAGAGCUUCACGCGCAAGGGAGACCUUAAGAAACACAUCAUCGUUCAUUUCGGAGAGAGGCCCUUCACCUGCCAUCAGUGCGGGAAUAAUUUCAGGCAUCAGGGGAACCUCACGAGUCACAUGAAGAUUCACACCGGAGAGAAAUCGCAGCGGAAUUACAGCGAUAAGAAACUGGCGCAAGUGUGCAAUUAUAAAAAGCCGGUGCUGUAUCACGCCGGAGACAUGCCCUUCAAAUGUGACCCGUGCGGUCAGAGAUUCAUUCUGUCGUCGCACCUAAAGAGACACCAGAAAUGGCAUUCACAUUAGAGAUCUAACAUGUGGAGUGAGCUUUUUAUGCCUCUGAAAGUGUGAAAUAUACUUUCUGAACGAGUGUGUGUGUGUGUGUGUGUGUGUGUGUGUGUGUUGGGUGUGGGAAAGCAGCACAGAAUCCGUUUCUGAGUUUCACCCCAUCAUAGAGAAAAGCAUUGUUUACAGUCGUGACCGAGUGAAAUUCAUUUUCAGGUCUCGUAGAUUCAUAAAAUUCAGAUGAAUCUGAAGAUUAAUUUAUUCCUGAAAGAGCAGUUUUAUUAAAGUGGCCUGUGGAUGAAGAAAAUUGAAGGUCAAGUGAGAGCUUAGCAAUACUUUUCUUUAUGUCGGGACUAGAAGUAGUAAAUCAUAUGAAUUCUAAUUCCAUUCAUUGUGUGUGAGGGCAUUUGUGAAGCAUUAUUGCAUCUUCCUUUAUGUUUUUUUUAGUUCAUCAUAGCUGAAGAAGUGAUGCAUGGAGAGCUGAAAGACUGAUUUACUGUUACUAAAAUCCCCAAUAAAGAGAGGACUUCAGCGUUUGGUGACGCCGAUCACACUAUUUCAGUGUAACUAUUGAAUGAGAACAGAGCUGAGCUGAAUUAUGACACUACUGUUUUCUGUGGAGCUGAAAGUCAAGUCGUAAUCGAGCUGGAUUUACUGUUUCCUCAGUGAAGACAUUUGCAGCAUUGAUGCCGUUUUUUUCCGUUUAUUGCUGUAAAUUAUUUUGAAGCAGUCUGUAUUGUAUAAAGUGCUAUAUGAAUAAACGUGACUCGUCAUGUAGUGUAGGCUAUGAAGGGCUUUGAAAUACA